AUGGCCCCCAUCGGAGUCGCCAUUAUCGGCAGCGGCAUUUUCGUCAAGGAGCAGCACAUCCCCGCCAUUCUUAAGUGCGACUUGCUCUCCCUCAAGGCCAUCUUUUCCCGCUCUGCCAAGUCUGCCGAGGCCGCCGCAGCUCUGCUUCCCUCUGCCCCGGACCUGUACGCCGAAGACGCCGGUGACGGCCGCGCCCUGACGGAUCUGCUGGCCCGCACCGACAUCUCCGCCAUCAUCGUCGCCCUGCCUAUUCCCUCCCAGCCGUCGUUUGUGCGCGCCGCCCUGGCCGCCGGCAAGCACGUCCUCGCGGAGAAGCCCAUCGCCAAGGACGUCGCGACGGCCCAGGAGCUCAUCGCCUACGCCGCGAGCGAGGCCAUCCGCGGCACCGGCGCCACGCUCUCCAUUGCCGAGAACCAGCGCUACUUUCCGCGCUUCACGUACGCGCUGGCGCAGGCCGCCGGGCGCGACUUUGGCAAGGUGACGCACUUCUCGAUCCGCGUGAGCGACCUGGUGGGCAAGGACUCCAAGUACUACAACACGACGUGGCGCAAGACGCCAGAGUACCAGGGCGGCUUCCUCCUCGACGGCGGCGUGCACUUUGCCGCCGGCGCGCGCAUGCUGUUCAUGCUGUCGAGCAGCAUGGCGGAUGCGUCCGCGCAGCAGCAGGCGAGGCUCGACUCGCGGCCGGCAAAAGUGAGCGCCCGCACGGCGCUGGUGCGCGAGUACCUGCCGCCGGUGGACAGCGUGGCCGCGCUGGUGACGACGCGCGGCGGCGCCACGGGCACGUACCAGCACACGGUGGGCUCGACCAUCUCGGCGUACGAGUUUGACGUGGCGUACGAGAACGGCAGCGUGCGCGUCUGCGACGGGACCGUCACGGUGCGCAGGGUGGGCGAGGAGCCGGUGAGCGAGACGUUUGAGAGGGCGAGCGGCGUGCCGGAGGAGGUGGCGGCGUGGGCGGCGGGGAUGUGCGACGGGAAGCAGGACCCGGCGCAGUCGAUGGAGGAGGCACUGGCGGAUUUGGAGCUUAUCGAGAAGAUGCUGCAGAGUGGUGAGCAGGAUGGCAAGUGGCUCUCAUACGAGCUCCAGUAA